GCCGUUUUGGUCACAUGGCUGAUAAAUUUUACUUGGAACACAAGAGUGCUCAGAAACUAAUCAAAGGUGUGAACAGGCGUCAGGUGAACUGACAGUAAUUAACACACCUGACAUCGGUUUGCAGUUUGGUGGUGUGUUUUGAAGAAUUUCUACAAGUCUUCAAAGAUCAGUUAUUAGAGGAUUACUUUUACCCAAGUCUGAGUGGGUCAUAGUAAAGGUGAAGGAUACUGACGGAGGAAAGCUGGUUAUGAACCAAGUUGGCAGAAAGCUUGCGUAGACGUGAAGUGAAGCGGUCCGUUUGUUCCUUCUGACAUUCCAAGUGGUGAUGCGGAGUGCAUGAUUCGCCGUGGAUAUUACUGUGUUUGAUAGUGUGUGUUUAAGAAAACAACAGAUAAAAGUCUGUGAUAACUACGUGAAUUUUCCGUCGCCUCUUCUUGAAGACAUGGCCACGAAGGAAGGUAGUGCCGUUGUGAUUCUCACCCGUUGUAGCUGUACACGUGGUUCCAGGAUGAACUACAUCGUCGUUGCCGUUGUGGUGUUAGCCGUGGUGAAUGUGGGACAGUGUUUAAAUAUCGUGGAGUCUAAUAAUGACUUGGACAAGUUUUUCCAGCCGACCGAGGUGACGAGAACAAAAGUGAACGUAAAAGCCGAUUCCAAGCCCAGUGUGGGGCUGAUGUGGGGCAUUGCCGAUACCACGGCUCAUUUAGGGAGAUUUUUCAACUAUUCCAUCCCGUCUGAUGCUUUCAAGGGAAAAUCCUUACACUAUAUGAUUACCGAAGCUGGCAAGACGACUCUUCCUCACUGGCUUGUCUACCAUAAGGGGAAACAACUCCUGCAAGGAAUUCCAUCAACCUCUGACCUAGGACAGCAUUACAUUGAAGUGGUUGCAGUUGGCGAGGAUGGCAGCCGUGCAAAAGACACCUUCUCCAUCUUCGUUGUCGAGGGUGCAGGGUCUGUGCCAGGCACUGCCCUCAAGUUCAAGAGCCGGGGACCCAAGCCCGUUCGGUGCAAGCGAUCAGAGCCCGAAACAGCUGUGUCCAUCGUCAUUGAUGCCAAUCUGAAUGACCUCAAUGCCAAGGAACGUCUUAACCUCCUGGCUAAAUUCAUGUCCCACCUCGACCUUGCAGAAGACAUGUUAAAAAUUGUUCCGGUUGGAAGUAAGCCUAUUCAGGACAGUUCGGCUCUCGUGUCUGGAGUUGGAGAUGUGAAAGAGUUGAAGACCGGUGGCACAUUUGUGUCGUGGCUUGUCGGUUGUGGGAAGGUGGAGCCAGAUCACAUGCAGGUUCUGCAGCAAGUGGAGACAGAUUCUUCUAAUGGAGAGCUGGCUGUGGCCGUGGAAUACCCAGUGUACAUCUGGCAGGUGACCAACAGCCGUUUCCAGGAACCCAAGCGUCAGAAGAGAAGGGCAGUUCGACCCACACCAACUCCAGCCAUGACCCUUACUCCACCAACCAAGGGCCCCACAGAUACACUCACUGAUGAUAUGACUCGUCCAGUGGCCACUCUCGAGUCGCCUACAUUCUCUAUUCAUCCCACUCAAGUCCAGCCUGGAAUGGAGAAAACUGAUGAGCCAGGAUUGCCAGGCCAUAAGCACGAUAAGCCCGACAUGGGUAUAAUUCAGCCGUCUGUGCCAGUGCCAGAAGGUGGAGAGGCUACAAAGACUGAUGCCCUUCCCACCAAAACGUAUGAGAUGACUGACAAGACUAAACCGACAAAAACCACUCCUGAGCCAAGUGAGCCAACUUCAGAACCCACUGACGGUCCAGUGGUCAGACCUAUCGAUCCCAACUGUAAGGACUUGAAACCCAACCUGAAGCAUCCAAUCAGAAAUCUGGAAUACACUGCUGGUGAUGUGAUCAGGUUCAAGAUCCCGGAACACACUUUCUAUGACUGUCGAGUUGGCAGUACAAGGAAGCUACGUUUGUCGCUGUUUGGAAACAAAACUGAUGUCAUCACCAAGAAUUUCUGGCUUCAGUUCGACCGCAAGAAGCAAGCAUUUAUGGGACUGCCGACAGAAAAGGAUGUUGGGAGGCACAUGUUUACUCUGAUUGCCUUGAAUGCUCGAGAAGGAGAUCGUCCUGCCUCUGAUCGCUUCAACAUCGUCAUCAAACCUAAUCCAGAUGCUGCCACUGGCGGAAUCAACCAUGAACUCAGCAUGACCGUAGAUUUUGAUUAUGAUAAAUUUCAAUCGGAUGUCCAUGAGAGGAUCAGUUUUAUGAACAAGAUUGGCAGAUUGUAUGGUGACAAGAAUGCAAAGAAACUGACAUUAACUAGCAUCAAGAAAGGUUCAACUGUUGUGUCCUGGUCAAACAACACAUUAGCCUCACCUUCCACCUGUCCAGUUGAAGACAUUAAAAAUAUGGUUGGUCGAUUGGUGAACGAAGACGGCACUUUGACAGAUGAGGCGGUACAAGCGAUGAAGCCAUUUAAACUUACUCAGGCUGGUGCUGAACCGAAAGGAGCAUGUGAGAACAAUCCAGACUUCCCAAAAGUCCAAAGCAUCCCAUUGGUCACAAGUGAAGAUGACUCUAAGCCAGAACCAGAGACAUCACCGGAACCUGAGCCUGAAGUAACAACCGAGACUGUUGCCAAGGGCUCAACAACAAGUGAAGAUGACAUCUGGAUCACCACCAUCGUACCUGCUGUUGCCGUGGUCGUCAUUUUGCUUCUGGCUCUGCUCAUUGCCUGCAUCUUAUACCGCAAGAAGCGCAAGGGUAAGAUGACCUUGGAGGACCAGAACACCUUCAUCAAGAAGGGCGUUCCAGUAAUCUUCCAAGAUGAACUGGAAGAAAAGCCCGACUCCUCUGCCAAACCAUUGCUGAUGGAAGGAGAACCACCUUGUCCCCCACCAGAAUACAGCCGCGAAGGCUCGACUCCACCUCUUGGCCACAAGGAGAAUGUGCCAGUAUUAGAGGCUACUGAAGCCGAGCUGGAUGAGACCAGUGUCACGUCACCUCUGUACCAACCACCACCACCUGUAACAUCAUCUGGAGCCAACAGACAACUUCGCCCUCAUGUUCAACCAGCCUACCGAAGCCAACCUCCUUCUAUACCUCCCUAAGACAUGUGCCCUUUAGCUCAUUAAGGAAUGAAAACAAAAGCAAAAAAACACAAAAAAACUGGACGAACUAUGCAUUUUUUUUUUUUUCAUAUGGUAAUAUGUUAAAAGAUGUGUACAUACAGAAAGAUGUAUGUAUUCUCCAACCAGAAUUAUUUGUACAAAUUAAUAUUGUACAGGAGACUGACCAACUUGCCUUGAUAGAUUCUGUUGGCAGGUUGAACAUUGGACAAGGUUUGUUGUUUUAUUGCCAGUAAUGCCUUAUGCUCAGAUGUGCUGUUAAAAGAAAAAGAGCUACCUGUAACUGAAUGGCAGGUCUUUCUGUAUGACCAUUCUUUACUGAGCAGAUCAUGUUAGUUGCAAAGUUCUGUUGUUAAUAGAUUUGCUUGUAUCCGUUACGGAAGAACUCCUCUCAACAUGGUAUGCCUUGUUUAUUCUCAGGUGGUUUCUUUUCUACAAAUACUCAGUUAUCAGAAUACCAAAAACACAAAGCUAACACUUUACAUUCUUAGUACUGGUAGUCUUGUGUUAAGACAUUACAUUUGGCAUUUUCUUAGUGCUCUACAACUGAUUAUUAAAUAUAAAAGGGUAGUUUUUAAGAAAUCUUUCAGCAUUUAUACUGUUGUAUUUUUGAAGAAAAAGACUAAUCAUACUUCCAUAUUAAUCAGCAUUUUUGUCAGAGAUGGUUUAUUUUCGUCAUGCUCUGGAUCUGUGUGUUGUCCCGUCUUUCUAGAGGAGGUAGUUAAAUCUUUAAGAAUUCUCUUAAAAUGUCAGUCCAGUUGAUCUGCCGGUCUACCCAGUCCCUGUAUUGGUUGUGUACCUUGCUGCUUCUGUUAUCCAGUAGUGUAAUACAAAUCAGUACCCAAUGCUGGAUAUGUUAUACUGCUCAUAUGUCCUGCACUGCUUCUGUUAUUCACCAAUGUAAUACGAAUUGAUACCCAAUGUUGGAUAAAUGUACUGCUCGUAUGUUGUACAUGUAUUAUUAUCCAGCAGUGUAAUACAAAUCAAUACCCAAUGAUGGAUAACGGUGUCCCUGUGUAGUUUGAAUGAGAGAUAUACAUGUAGUAUAUAACUGGACAAUGCAGUUAUACUAUGUUGUGCCUGUUGAGUAGCUUGGCCAGGAAAGGACACUAGUGUGAGUGGUAUAUUGAUUGUUUGCUAUAAUGUCACAGUGCGAAUCACAAACUAUUGGGAGUUCUCCGUUAAUUGUAUCAGUAAUUCAGUAUAUAUGUACAUGUAUGUGGUUCAAUGAAAUUAUUACUAUAAUAAAUUGUAAACAUUUGACAUGUGGUUAUUUCAAAUAUUCAUUUUCAUCUUCAUUAAAUGUAGAAUUGUUGAUAUGGGUUGGGAAAGGGCUAAUUUUGAGAGCUUUCUUUUUUAUGAUUGGAGCUUUUUUUUUGUGGAGCACAAUAUGGGUAGUCAGUUUGUGUUCUUGGAGAAUCUUUUUAUUUUAGUAUCUUGUAGCAUGUGAAGGGAAGGUGCUUUCCCAGAACGUGAUGACAUGGGUAGACAUGUUUCUACUUGCAUGUUUUGUCUUUAUGGUAACCAGGUCUUGGGUUAUGGUAUUAAUCUAAGAGUGUGCAAGUCUAUUUUUUAAGUGUGUGCUGACUGCGAGGAUGUAGCCUGGUAAAAAGUUUCAUUUUGUUAGUACAUAGUGCAGCCAUUCGUAUGGCUCAAUUCUGAUUUCAGUGGGUGCAUUUCUGUAAAUAUCCUCAUUAUCACAUCAUUUAUCAUGUCGCAGCUUGAUAAUACCCAUCUUGUGGGAGAAGCUUGUAUUGUAGUGGUAGUUGCCAGUGUCGUAGUAGAUGAUGGUGUUCGUGUAUUGUUACUGUCAUGAGGACUAUGGAGUUAGCAUGGAAGUGCCAUGGUCAGUCAGAUGGGGCUUGUGUACCAAAGAUGAGUUCUGCUAAUAUUUUAACGCAUUGUAGAGUUGGAGGUGGAAGGCCUCUCCUCCCCAUGUAUGUCUUAAAAGAAACUGGUUAAAAUUAAAAACACAACAGUGGGUUAGAGGCUUCUCAAUGAGCUAAUUUUCCAUGAGCGCGAUCACACACAAAACAUCUCGGAAAAGUAUCAUCUGAAGAGGGUGGCCCAUUUUAGAAAAUAUGACAAUUAAAAAAAUAAUAAUGGAACAUGCUAUUUUUAAGCAGGUAUUAAUGUAGGAAUAUAUCCCCAGGUUACAAGCUGCGAUCCGCACCAACACCAAGGUGUUACAGCAUAGGAUACGGAAGGGAAAUGGCCACCAUUAUGCAAUAUGAUUACAGACCAUUUGCCCCUGACAUUUUAUGCCAAGAACAAUCAAUCUACACAGAUGCCACUGGCAUGCAAUACAUACAAGUCCUGAGUGGAUAAAUGAGCUGGAAUAUACAAUUCUUUCAUCUUUGGUUUUAAAAACAAAAAAUUAUUAAAAGAGAAUUUUUUUAAUUUCUGUAUUUAUAAAUUUCGUUUGAGGAAUUUGUUUUGCCAAAGUACUGCUAUGGAAGUUAUGAUUGCCCUUGAAACUCGUUUAAAUUGUGCACUAUUCAUAAAGGACUUGUAUAGAAGCUGCUGGUGGUGCUUUGUAGUAAUGGUGGGAUUAAAGCCAGGUCUGCACUUCCGUUAUGGACCAUCGUCGCCAUAGGUCACUGUUGUACAUGUAGUUGUUUGUAAUUGUAAAAUAUUAAUGUAUUGCUUUGUAAAGUUACUGAAUAUUUAUUGUAAUUACUGCAAUAUAUGUGCCAAUAUCCCUGUGUAUCCUUAUUAAAGCAGCAAUACGGUGUCAUUGUCCGGACGCGAGUCUUGUCGUGUCGUGUUGCCUGAGUCUCUCCACCCAAGGUUGCCUUGUCUUUGCCUUCAUCAUUUUAACAAUGUGCUCUAAUGGUGUCAUUAAACAAAACAAACUUUUUCGUGAUUUUAAAGUCUUUAAUUUUGAUAUAAGAGUUUGGAAAAGAGAUUCAAAUCACGUCAUAGACAUGCCAUUGCCAAGAUUUGAACUAAAUUCCCUAGCUUAACAGACGAUUCAUUCUUGCUAGGGUGGUAUAAUACCAAUGGCAAAACAUAAGUCUGAGUAAUAAUCAUAACAGUAAAUGAUGACAAAAAUAAAUAAAUAUAUGCAGUGUUUUCCAAAUUACCAAAACUAUGAGCUCAUUCUUGAACUUGUGUCGUGGCUUUCAACAGCAAUUGUAAAUAUGCUUUUUUUUUCAUGGAAGUGGGAUUUCACACAAGUUGUUUACAUCCUGUAACAGGCAGAUACCAAUAGACUGCUAAUGACAUUUAUGUCACAUAACAAUUUCAUGAUUGCAGAUUGGAUAGUUUAAAACCGACUGCUAACAACAUUCACAUCACAUGACAAAUUCUGUGUUGGCAAAUUGGACACAGUUCAACAGAAAUAUGUUUUUCAUUGACACCAAUUUUGGCAUUUUAACUCUACUGUCAAAUAAUCUGCCAGCAAUUAGGUCACAACAUAUUUAUGGCACAAUUGGUUACAAACCACUGGCUGGCAAAAUACACAAUGAAACUGGGUAGCCUAAUCGUUAGCCUACUUUAAUAAUGGACGGUCACAACCGGGCAACCUUGGGUAGAUUUAUUUCCAAUGAGAUUUGUUUUAACACUCAGGUAUUAUAGGUUAAUGUGAUUGAAGACAAAUUGCAUAAUUGAUCAUCAUGAAAUAUAUUAAAUCUGAAGCCAGUUAAUGGAAAUGUGUUAUAAAAUGAAAUAUUUGUAACUUUUAACCAAAUUGGUGAAAAUUACCUAAUUAGUAGAAAUGUGUUAUAAAAUGAAAUAUUUGUAACUUUAACCAAAUUGGUAAAAAUUACGUAGUUUUCGUCAGGCUUUUUUGUAAUCUGUGUUGCUGUCAGAAAUAAUUUAUUAAUAUUUUCAAUGUCAUAAAUGCCUACAUUUGAAUAUUUCUCCAACUAUCGGCUGUAAAUAAACUACUGAAACUAUU